AUGAAGAAGAGCAAGAAGAAAAAGUCCGAGGCCAGACCACCCCGGGACUCGUCCAUCUCUCCACGGGGCAGCUCCGACUCUAGCACCUCCCAGCAGCCCAGCUCUGAGAGCACCCAUCCCAGCCCCCAGUCCACAACGCAACCAUCCAAGUGCACCACACAGCAAUCCAGCCCUCAGAAGCAGUUGAGCCCCGAGGGCAGCCCAAAGCAAUCCGCGUCCCAGGCCCUCCCAGAACCGGAAGCUCAUCCAUCGUCUGAAUGCCUGUCAUCCCCCCACACCAACAGAAAAGCAGCUCCUUCACCUAAGAAAGGGACUCAGACCCAGGUGGGCACUCAGACCUGCUCCUGUGCCGUGUGUCCGGGCAGCUUUGCUUGCUGGCGUCGUCUGGGGCUGUGCCACAGACGCAUCUUCGAUGUCCUUCUGCCUCAGCACUGCCAGGCCAUGUCAGGGAGAGGACUCCCAAGCCACCUCACCUUCUACAGGUUCCCGAAAGCCCUGCCUUCCUCAGAGCACAAUCCCUCCCGGCCCUUCCUAACGUCCACGCCCUACGGGAGCUUUGUGAAUAAACGCUCUGGGUGGCCUUUUACCACCUUCUAG